UUGCGUACUACGGCUCCUGCCCGUCGUCUCGGCCCGGAUCGGGAAGUGUCAAGUGGGAGUCGGGUUUCCCCGCCUUCGCCGCUGCCACCGCUGAACCCAGACCCUCUACCUAGUUCCAGGCCCAUCCGUCAUGACGAACGUGUACUCCUUGGAUGGGAUUCUGGUAUUCGGUUUGCUCUUUGUUUGCACCUGUGCCUACUUCAAGAAAGUACCUCGUCUCAAAACCUGGCUGCUAUCAGAGAAGAAGGGCGUUUGGGGUGUGUUUUACAAAGCUGCUGUGAUUGGAACCAGGCUGCAUGCUGCUGUGGCAAUUGCUUGUGUUGUAAUGGCCUUUUAUGUCCUGUUUAUAAAAUGAAUCCCAAAGUAUCCAACUCAUCAGUUGCCAACCAAGGGGGCGUGGAUGAAGAACCUUUUGGAGGCCUGGACCCACUGUAGAAGAGUUCAGCUAAAAUCAUCGAAGUCCCCAGGAUGACACCACAGUAUCUGCCCCUGCCACACGUGAGGAAAACUCCUUAUGGUCAUGAACAUUAUAUAUGCUUCAGGGGACUCUACAAAGUCAGCUUCCUUUGAUCUGUGUGUAAAUCAGUCCUUGACAGAGUGCAUAUAAUGUCCAGAUAAAUUAUACUCCUUGGUGAUAAGAUUACAUACCUUCUGCUUAAAAACCUGUCACCUGUUUUGUUCUUCAGCCCCUCAUCAGGAUCUUUUCAAACUGAGGCUCGUUAGGGAAGGAAAUAGGCUGUGUUCAGACCUCUUGAGAGGAGAGAUAAUUUUCAAGACUUGACAUUUUUAAUGUUUGAUUUGGAUCUGGCAAAUUGGGGAGGGAGUGCUGGGUGGGAAACGGGAGUUAAGAAAUGCCAAGAAAUUGUUUGGCUUUGGGAACUUAUCUUUCAUAUGCCCAUCUGGGAACAUAAGCGACAGACAUGGCCCUGUUGCAACAAGAGAACAGAGGAAGUAGCUGUGCUAUGUAUGUGCUGGUUGUUCAAGAGUUAUGCCACGAGAAUCUGGACCUACAUAAAAUUUGUGAAUUAUCUGUGAUGAGACCAGAAAGCAGUGGCUUAGACAAAAAAUUUCUGUUUGUUAGUAUCCCCAAAAGGAGAUGUCACUUGAUCAAAUGGUAUAUGAAAAUUAAUCAACUCUUACUAUUUCCUAAAGUCUUUUUAUAUUUUCUAAAUUACUUCGUGCUAAAUACUGUUACUCAAUUUGUAAUGCCACCACUAAGGGAAAAAGAAACUAUCGAAGAAAUAAUUGCUUAAUGUAUUAAUAUUUACAGUUAGAGUAGAAGAAACAAAUCUAGUAUGUUGAUUCAUAUACUAGUGAAUUCAUCUAGUAUAAGAAUUAUAAUGUUAAAUGGAAGUUUUGUCAUGUUCUAAAAGAUACAAACUUAUUUUUUUGUUUAAGUCUGGGUUGUCAUGGCAAUUUUUAGUUGAUUAUUUGUUUUUUUUGACCAACUCUUGAUUUUCUUCAUAUUGCAGUGCUCUUUAGUUGUCUCUGGAAAUUCUAUUUACUGUAAGAACAUGAGAAAUUCAAAUGAGAGAAGUUGUUGAUAUUCAUUAGCAUGUUUGGACAGGACAAAGGAUCCAUGAAUAAAAUGAUAGUGUUUCCUGAAGUAAAGGAAAACAAGAGGUUUGCAGUUAAGAUUGAAGGGCUUUGCCAUGGAGUAGAGUGACUCCUGAGCAAAUCAUUUUAUAUGACUUAACAUUUGAAGGGAAGACUUCUCCAUUCCAUCCUCCUUAUAUCUGCAAAGGGAUCAGCUGUUGAAUUUAUGAAGUCUAGAACUUCUCUAUUUAAAAGAAAAGUAGCUCUAAAAUUAAAUCAUUAUAAACAAGCAUAGAUAUAGGUCUUCCAGUUGAAUUGUCCAUUACAGUAAAACCUAACUGUGGGCAAGUUAACUGUUGAGUUGAGUUGAGUUGACUCUUGUGUGGCAGUAAAUUGUCUUUUGUCUGCUUCCUCCAAAAGAAUAAAAGCUGCUAAGAAGUUUAGAUUCUGAAAUUGCAGUCUAGUGCUUUGAGGGUUUCUAGAAGUAUAGAAAGUCAUCAGUGAACACUACAUGUCUAAUCAUCUCAGAGUUGUGGCUGUUAUCUCUUCAGGAAUUGGUCCACAGGGUAAAUUUCAGUGAUUCAUGUAUUUUCCAUUGUCAUUUCUGAGGACCUUUCACAUGAGAGAAAGGAAAUCCAGUGGAACAAGAAAGAAGAGUUACACCUUGUGGGUGUGAGUAUGGGACCUGUUGGUCAAAGGGAAUGUCCCUCCCUGGAAAUAGGUUCAGCAUGUUUUGCACUUGUUAUUUUGUAGCUUUAAUUACUUUUGUUUUCUAAUAGGGUUAAUGUCUCUAAGCUUGAUGCUUAGAGUUGCUUCAUACUUUAAACCAGUUCCAUUCCACAAUUCUAGUUCAAAUCAAUUUUUACAGCCUCCUGGGUGGGGCAUCUUGACCUAAAAUCUUGAGUUAUUGUAUUUUGAGAUGUCUUCAUACCAGAAUGUACCAAAAAGUGCACGAGGCAAAGGUAAUUGAUAGCAGGAAACAAAUACACAGCUUAUUUCAUUUUUUGACUUUAUGUAAACAGAUAAGAAAAAACUUAUUUAACUCAUUACUUUGAUGUUUCAUAGAUUUUUGAGUAAAAAUUAUAGGAAGUUAUUCCACUGGGGGAGUUUUUUAGGGGUGGAGGAAUGGGGAUAGCAGUAUUGCCUCAGAUUCAAACUGGCAUCACCAUAAACACUGUAUGCCAGGGUGGAAUGAAGUCAGCUCCUUUUUAUAGUUGAAAUACAAUUUUUUAUUCACCAUUGUAUGCACAAAUCCUUGAAAAUAAACUUUCCUUCCCUACAA